AUGGCUUCCCAGGCGCAGGUUAUUCAGCAGAAGUUCGACAAGUUCAUGACGCAGCUUGACCAGGAGCUGUCGAAGUACCCGGCCCUCAACCGCCUCGACAAGCAGCUUCCUUUCCCGAAGUCGUACGUCGUGGUCGGCGUCCUCGCUAUCUUCACUUUCCUGAUCUUCUUUAACAUUGCCGCUGGCUUCCUGACCAACUUCAUUGGUUUCUUUGUCCCGAUGUACUUCUCGCUGGUUGCUCUGGAGACUCCUCAGCCCCAGGACGACAUCCAGUGGCUUACCUACUGGGUUGUCUUUGGCUUCUUCAACUUCAUUGAGACCUUUGUGAGCUUCGUGCUCUACUGGUUCCCCUUCUACUACACUUUCAAGACUCUGGCCAUUGUCUGGCUCAUUCUUCCGCAGACCCAGGGUGCCAAGCUCGUGUACCACAAGCUGCUCCGCCCGGCCUUCCACGGUGUUACCGGCACGUCGCGCAGCACCUCGGUGACGGAUGCUACCAAGCCCGGCUUCUCGGCCUCGUCGUCGGGUCUUCACACCCAGUAA